GCGGAUGAAAUGCCGAUCAUCUCGCAUACGAGGAAUGCGCUUUGUCAGCCACGAUGUCAUGUGCUCAGGCGUCAGCUCAAGAAUAGCUUCCCGCGCAUCGCGUCAAGCUCCCCACUUGCGCAACUGACAACACAUCCUCCCAGUGACCAUUUUCAUGUUUGCAAUAGGAGCUUUGAAGCAGAAAAUUAUCCCAUUCACCAGAACGUUCAACCACCUGUACAACCAUCACACCAUGUCUUUGAGACGUUCCGCUCGCGUCGCCAGCAGUAUUACGCAAGCCCCAUUAGAUGCCGAAGUUCAAAAUGGUGUUGCAAAGUAUGAGAAAGUUAGCAAGACGAGUGUACCCACGAAGAAGCGCAAAGCCAUAGCAGCAUCUGCACCAUUAGCACGAGACGAGACGAAGAACAAGGUUACUGUGGAUGGGAAAACCAAUGGAGACAAAGUCGUAGACUCAGCAGAUUCAACUUCACCCCUCCCUGUGACACCGCUCCCCAAGAAGCGUAAAACGGCAUCGAAAUCGGCAGCGUCAUCAAAAUCACCACUCAAACUACCACCCUCCACGCCGACGCCCGCGGGUGCCAGUAUCUUUUCUUCAGCCCCCGCAUUGUCACCUUCAGAUCCCACUACUCGUCCAGCAGAGCCUCACACGACAAAUGCCCACCUAGCCACACCCAAUGGAUCCCACGUGGUGCAAGCCUACGCAUCCUCUCCCGCGAAACCCACCGACCCUUCUCCAGCUAAGAAACGGAAAGCGAAGGAACUCGUUCCACCAGAUGUUGGUGCCAUUCCACCCGCGAGCACCGAUAUCGACAAUCUGCUGAAGGACGCAGAAGACUUUCUCAUCAAGACAGAUCCUAAACUUGAGAAGGUGGUGCGCGGGCACCAAUGCGGGAUCUUUAGUCCGGAUGGGCUGAGGGAGGUAGUCAGACCAUUUGAGUCGUUGGGAAAGGGGAUCAUUGGACAGCAGGUAUCAGGCCAAGCAGCCUCAUCUAUCCGCGCAAAGUUCACCGCCCUCUUCCCAGACACACACCCUUCCUUUCCAACUCCCACUCAAGUCCUCACAAAGGACAUUACAACGCUGCGUACAGCGGGUCUCUCGCAGCGCAAGGCUGAGUACAUCUACGGUCUAGCCGAGAAGUUCGCUUCUGGCGAACUAUCAGCCGAGAUGCUGGUCAGUGCCAGCGACGAAGAACUCAUCGAGAAGCUAGUAGCGGUGAGGGGCUUAGGGCGAUGGAGUGUGGAGAUGUUUGCUUGCUUUGGGUUGAAGAGGAUGGACGUUUUCUCGACUGGUGAUCUGGGUGUACAACGGGGUAUGGCCGUAUAUGCGGGCCGCGAUGUGAACAAACUCAAGAGUAAAGGCGGGAAGUGGAAAUACAUGACGGAGCAGGAAAUGCUCGACAUGGCUUCCAAGUUCUCGCCUUACAGGUACGUCGGUCCCUGUCGCAAGCUUCCAAUAACAACAAAAUUAAUAUUCUCCUCUGCCAGGUCGUUGUUUAUGUGGUAUAUGUGGCGAAUUGCCGAUGUGGACGUUAAUGUUUUGCAAAAGACUUGAUUGUCGGGGAGUAACUUUCCCAUGGAGAAGCGUUGGUCCU